AUGGGUAAGCGAAAAAGAUCGGAGAAUGCAGGAAUUAGCAUUGGAACUGGCAGAAAAAAGAUAAAACUGGAAAACGAUGGUAAUGUACAGGGGAUGAAUUCAGAUAAAAUAUCACGGAAUUUUAUCGGAAUAAACAAAAACAACGCCGCAAAGUAUCAUAGCGAUAAAUUGAAGAUGGGAAUGAAUCGAUAUGUAGGGAUGAGUUAUCAGAGAUUAAAACGAAUUAUGACUACCGAUACAGAUUGCGAUCUGCUUAUGGAAGUAGAGAAGCGCCACAUAACGAUUGGAUGGCAUCAGUUAGGAGAAGCUUAUAAUGCAAUCAGAUAUAUUUUAAAUUCGUCACUUGGUCAAUAUAGGAAAUCGUUAAACGGUAUCUUGUUAGCCGUCGGAAAAGUGGAUAUUAUUGAUAAGCCGUUUUGUAUUGCCGACCAACCAUGUAUGCAUAUUGAUCUAAAUGUAAAUUGUAUUGUAUUUCGUCCGAAACAAGGCAGUACUUAUAAUUGCAUGGUAACAGCUAUUGAUAAGAAAUUCAUAACCGCCAAGCUACACAACACGAUAACUUUUUUUGCACUUAUAAAGAAUACGAAGAAGUUGCCAGAGAUUGGUGACCAAGUGCUGAUCAAGUUUUGUCACAUCGAAGUCAAAGGUUCAUUGUGCCAAAUAAAAGGGAUGAUAAUGUAG